GAAAGGUCACUCAGACGUGUGUAACGUUUCCACGUCAUUUUCUCCGUGAUUGUAUAUGCAGCGGAAAUCAAACCAUCGUGAAUUGUUUUCGUAAUUCAUGUGAAUUACAUCACCUACUAUGAGACACAUCACGUUGAAUGUGAGGAUCAAGUUGGUGUUGGGCCUUUGCAGCGGUUGAAACUGAGUGGCAAUUGCAGCUGAGUUGGUUGAAAUCAUAGCCGUACAUGUAGUGUACGUGCCACUUAACAACAGCAACGUUAAUCUGUUGAAAAAGUUACCACAAACUGAAAAGACGUCAAACCUAUCCAACUGGACUGGGUGAUUCAACAUCACGGAACUGAGUUUGGUUGUGCUUUAACAUUGUUGAGCAGUAGUUUGAGGAGACAUCAUCUUAAAAGCAACAUGGAAUACUCCUGGCUGCUACCAUGCAACAUUUGCAUUCAGAACCACCAAAGAAGGUCACAGCUUCGAGUACACGUUCAAAUAUCAGCAAUUAUUUUAUUGUUCUGCACUGUCACAAAUUCAUGGGGUACGGACACUGGUCAGGAAUAUGGCAAGGACGUUCUGUCUGUUGACGGGUCCAGGCAAGGAGAGAGGACCAACCAACAAGGAACCUCGGAUGAUGCUGUCAUGAGACUCCUUGACGCUAAGACCCCGGCAGCGAGUGGAGCGCCUUGCUGGAUGACGGAGUCAUUUACCACCAAGAGCCCAUGUCAGGCAUGUGAUGAACACGCAAUGAAAUAUGCAAGCUACUGUUGUAACGAGACAGGAUUUCGACAACUUGUCCAGUGUGAAACCUCUGAUUCUCCCGUUUAUAAAAGCUGUCCAAAGACCAAGUGGGCUAUGGAGAAGAGCUUCUGGACGUUCGAAGGUGUGAUGCUGGCGGUGGGGCUGUCAUCCUUUGUGGUUGUCAUUUUCAGGAGGCGAGCACUAGACUGGGAGGCACUUCAACGGGUCAAGAAGCAAAUAGCAAACUCUGUUUGAGGUGGCUGCAUCUCGACAGUCAACUACAUGUAGUUGGAAUAUAUUGUUGUGGCACCAACAUUUUAACAUCAUCCACAAACUGAGAGGUUGGAUUUGAGGGCAAAAUCAUUAAUUUUUCACUGCAUAGAUUUUGAGGCACAAUAAGAGCAGUACAUUACGAUCAACUUCUACGACACAGUAAAUGAAAAUUAGGCAAAAAAAUGAUUCCACAGUAUUCAGUUAGGGUUGCCCACAAUCCUUUAUAUUUCCUCACAAGAUUUGGGCAGUGUUGAGUAGCGUGUACCAGCAGUCUUGAUUCAAAUAAGCCAGCCAGACCUAAAGACCAAUGCUGUUGUUGAUAAACUUCUCUGCCCACAUUGCUUUCAGAGAGCUUUGUAACAUUGUUCCUACGAAUGCCGUGUUGGGAAAUUCUUUGGCAGUGAUUGACAAAAACAGGAAUCUUGAUUUCACAUUUUCUGAAAGAUAUGAAUCACUCUUGGAAAAUUGACAGUUGAAGUAAAAGGAU